GUUUCCAGGGCGAUUAGACCAAUGCUCGUGUCACGUGUCUGCUAUAAAUUCGGAAAUUGUACUCUCGGUUUGCACAGACACUGCAGCAUCUCCCUUCAAGGUUCACAACCCAAUCAACAGCAACUAUGUCAGACCUCUGUGUUGGAAUCAACGGAUUUGGCCGUAUUGGCCGCCUGGUCCUCAGGGCCUGCCUGCAGAAGGGAAUCAAAGUUGUUGCCAUCAACGAUCCCUUCAUCGACCUGCAGUACAUGGUUUACAUGUUCAAGUAUGACUCCACCCACGGCCGUUACAAAGGUGAGGUGAGCAUGGAGGACGGGAAGCUGAUUGUGGACGACCACUCCAUCUCCGUAUUCCAGUGUAUGAAGCCCCAUGAGAUCCCAUGGGGUAACGCCGGUGCCGAUUACGUCGUUGAGUCCACCGGAGUCUUCCUCAGCAUUGACAAGGCCUCUUCCCACAUCCAGGGUGGUGCCAAGCGGGUGGUUGUGUCUGCCCCCUCCCCCGACGCCCCCAUGUUCGUCAUGGGAGUCAACGAGGACAAGUACGACCCCUCCAGCAUGACCAUCGUCAGUAAUGCAUCUUGCACGACUAACUGCCUGGCCCCCCUGGCUAAGGUCAUCCACGACAACUUCGGCAUCGAGGAGGCCCUCAUGACCACAGUCCACGCCUACACCGCCACCCAGAAGACGGUGGACGGCCCCUCUGCCAAGGCAUGGCGCGAUGGCCGUGGUGCCCACCAGAACAUCAUUCCUGCCUCCACCGGAGCUGCCAAGGCUGUGGGCAAGGUCAUCCCUGAGCUCAAUGGCAAGCUGACUGGCAUGGCCUUCCGUGUGCCCGUGGCUGACGUGUCAGUGGUGGACCUAACCUGCCGCCUGUCCCGGCCCGGUAGCUAUGCUGAGAUCAAGGAGGCUGUCAAGAAGGCCGCCGAAGGACCCAUGAAGGGAUACCUGGGGUACACUGAGGACUCUGUUGUGUCUUCUGACUUCAUUGGAGACACCCACUCCUCCAUCUUUGAUGCUGGCGCCGGUAUCUCCCUCAACGACAACUUUGUCAAACUCAUUUCCUGGUAUGACAAUGAGUUUGGCUACAGCCACCGCGUCGCUGACCUGUUGCUGUACAUGCAUUCUAAGGAGUAACUUUCCGUCUCCAGAAAGCUGCAAUGGGACGCACCCCCCUUUUACAUGCACUCACACCCUCCAGUGUCACACCCCUAGUACCCCCAGCCAACAACUUAGUCUCUGUAGUAGGCUGUGUGUACGAGUAUUUGUUUUUUCUUUAAUGAAAAAGUCCCACUUUGAGACUGUUUUGACUUGACAGUAUGAGUUUCUGUGUCUUCCCAGAGCAUUGCCGUAGAUGUUUCCAUACUGGCUGUUACCAUGUAAUAUUGGUGUUAAAGAUUUCUAGUUUAAGAGUCAAGUGAGAAAGACAAGCUAUUGUAACUAAAAAAAUAAUACUUCUGUAGAAUCUUUACAAAUGUCUCUGUCUUGCCUUGUUGUUGUUCAAGUUUCCUGUUUGCCAGUGUUAUAAGAACAUGUUUUCACACAAUGGCAAAUAAGUCGUCAUCUGCAUUUAAGAUAAUCAACAGGAUGCAGAACACGAAGAUGAUGCAUUAUAAAGUGACAAUUGUAUGAUAAUGUGUUUGUAACAAUACUGACACGAUAAGACUUAAUUUGAUGCACAUUUGCAUCAGUUUGGUGAAAAUUAUAAUGAAACAAAUGUUAUUCCCUAAACUUCUGUUUUAAUAGCUGAUGCUUUAGCCAGGCCACAGUUUUAAUACUCUGCUGGAACAAAAGUCUGCAUACCAUGUUGGUACCUAGGACCAGGAGUCAAACAUGAUUGAUAUUGAAUUUGCCAAUCUGGUUGUGCACAUUGCACUGGAUGACUUCUCAGACAGGUUCUAUGACAAAAUGUAUUUGGUGUAAGGCUAUGGAACUGACAGUUUCUCAGUCAAGUGUCAACUCUCCAUCGACAUAUGCAAAUGGAUUCUGAAAGCUAUCUGGAAGUCCACUAUUGCAAUUUAUUUUAUCCUGCCCUAGCGGGAAUCGCAGGGCAAAUAUUGUUGCAUAAGGUAAACCAAAUGACUGGUGGUACAUUUUCUGCAUUCAACACUGUUCACAUGAAAAACCACAACACCCAUUAUUUUUAGAACGUUAUUAUAGCAUCGUUGUACUUUUUUUACAUAUUUUUAUUUUACCUUUAUUUCACUAGGCAAGUCAGUUCAGAACAAAUGCUUAUUUUCAAUGAUGGCCUAGGAACAGUGGGUUAACUGCCUGUUCAGGGGCAGAACGACAGAUUUGUACCUUGUCAGCUUGGGGAUUUGAACUUGCAACCUUUUGAUUACUUGUCCAACAUCAAAUUAUUUCUGGGUAAAAAUUAAGUACCUUA